GAUGGGUAGGUUUAGUGUAGGGGGAUAGAAUAAAUAGUAUACAAAUUAUUACGUCUAUGGAAAUACCCCAUAAAACAUGGAAACCCAGUGUGUGUGUGUGUGUGUGUGUGUGUGUGUGUGUGUGUCAUCGGUCCAUCUAUGAGACAUCCAUGAGACAUCCAUGAGACUCUUCAGAGCAGUAAAGCGUCACUCAGCGUCCAGUUGACUCGAAGUGAACACCAAAUCUGUGGAGAUAAACAUCAUUCCUGCCGGGAUUUUACUGCCAGUCGGAAGGAAACUCCAUUCUUCGGAUAUGAAUUUUAAAACCCAAAGUGACUAUGUGCUUCCUCACAACUUUGACAUCAUGUGACACGUCGGACUGCCCAAUGGAGGCCGCUACAAUACUUAACGCCACAAACAGCCAAGUCAAGAGGAUCCUUCAAGAUCCUCCCGAGCCCAACGUCACGACUCCCGUGAAUGCGUCUGUCCCUUUCCAUCAUCACAUGAACAAUGCGGUGCUGGGGAUCCUCCUCGGCACGCUGUCCCUCAUGACGGUCGUCAUGAACCUGCUGGUCCUUUUUGCCGUCAGAAAGGAACGGACUUUACACACGGUCGGGAACCUCUACAUCGUCAGCCUGUCGGUCGCUGACCUGAUUGUCGGGGCUACCGUCAUGCCCUUGAAUCUGGUCUACCUUCUUGAGGACGAGUGGAAACUCGGACACGUUAUUUGCCAGUUCUGGCUCGUCAUGGACUAUGUGGCGAGCACGGCUUCCAUUUUCAGUUUGUUCAUCCUUUGCUUGGACCGGUACCGCUCCGUACGACACCCCUUACAGUAUCUGAAGUAUCGGACACGAGGGAGAGCCACGUUGUUGAUUUGUAGUGCCUGGCUUCUCUCCAUGACAUGGAUCAUUCCCAUCCUGGGCUGGCGGAUAUUCGCUCGGGUCGACCGGAAGCCAGAGCUGGAGAACCUGUGCGACACGGACUUUCGCUUUGUGACGUGGUUCAAAGUUCUGACCGCCAUCCUCAACUUCUACAUCCCUUCCUUUCUGAUGCUCCUGUUCUACUCGCAGAUUUUCAUCGCAGUCCGCGACCAUUACAGAGAAUGGGAGAACUUCGCCGGUCCCAUGGUGAAAACGGAAGCAGAUGAUACGUUGGCAAACGGACUGCAGCUGAAGAUAACCAAUGCCUCGGAGCGAGAGAGGGCCAAUUCUCAAAACGAGGGUCUGCUGGAUCAGUACAGUCUGGCGCAGCCGUACAACUCGAGGGACAUUAACGAGGACAACCCCGAUUCCUUGUCUGAGACAAAGAGGAAGAGUUGCUUUAAGAAGAAACCAAUGUUCAGUCUUUCGAAACGCAUGAGAAAGAGCAUACAAGACUCUGAGAUUUCAUUUCAGAGCGACGAUGGGGAAACUGUCGCCGAAUGCCCGCUGAGACAGCCAUCCUUAUCUCUCGCCUUUCUGCAGUCCGACAACAACACCCAGCCCAAAACCUUCAUAAAUGUGAAUGACUGUAACGUGUUAGUGCCAAACUCCGUUGGGAACAUUUGCGAGAGCGCGCAGACGGUGGAUAUUCACAAUUACACCUCGGUUCUCUGCAAUCACAGCACUCCACCAUCGCCACCGUCGCCGUGGGCCGAGAGCAGCCCUCCGCUGGACGCCGCCGACGCGCUGCCUGCGAAACAAACAUGGCAGAAGCUGUGCGAACAGUCUAAGCAGAGCAUCCACAGCAUGCGCAUCCGGAAGGAGAGGAAAGCCGCCAGGCAGCUGGGCUUCAUCAUUGGUGUCUUUAUGGUGUGCUGGAUCCCAUACUUCAUCACCUUCAUGGUCAUGGCUUUGUGUGAGACUUGUGUCCAUCACGACCUUCAUAUGUUCACCAUUUGGCUAGGGUACAUCAACUCCACUCUCAAUCCCUUCAUAUACCCACUGUGCAAUGAAAACUUCAAAAGGGUGUUCAAAAAGAUCUUUCGUAUGAAUAGAUAAGGAGGCGUGAAACUGUUAGCCUUUCUGCUCCAUUGGUGUUUUUUUGUGACUAGUUCUUGUGAUCUUGUAAGUACAGAGCAAUUUUUGUUAUUUAUUGCUGAGUGUCUGCAAUCUGCAUCAGAUUACAUGAUGAAUUUAUUCAAUCCAGAGUGUUUUAAAACUGGUUGUAUUGAAGCACCUAUGUUGCUUGGAAGACUUUCAGCACUAAAACAACUCUAGAAUGACCAUUUCCAACUAUAUCAGUGUUUCUGAACUCCAUCUUGAGUUUUCUUCACAAUAUUCCUCAUUUGAAUAAUUCAUGCGCAGAAUAAAGGGGCGGGGCCUGGUUGAGUUAGUUAGUAGUGUGUUGAAACUGGCGGUUAU